CUCACUUUCUCUCGUUUUCUUUUUUCCAUUUUCUCUUUCUCUUUCUCUUUUCCAUCUCUAAAUUUUCCGGGCUUUGAGCACUCACGUCUCUCGUCUCUAGUCUCUAGUCUCUACUCUUACUUCUCACAUACCGUGUCUCUUCCCGUUUCGCUUUCUGCUUUCUCUCAGUCUCUUUCACGUCGCAAGAAUCACUCAACGUGUCCCAGGUCGCCGCGCAAUUUCCCUCCUUCCUCCUUUGCUGAUCUCACUCCAUAGAUUCCACCACACUCCAUCUGAGUAUCUUCCAUAAUCACAAUGACAUCAACUCAACCUUACUCGACAUUCGGUCUCACACCUGGUAAUCAUGCCGAAGCUCCUAAAAAGCCCCAUCUCUAUGUCGGCAACCUAUCCCCUCGCGUAACGGACUACAUGCUCACGGAAAUUUUCGCCGUAGCUGGUCCCGUUGUCAACGCUAAAAUCAUUCAAGAUCGUAAUUUCCAACAUGCCGGUUUCAAUUAUGGUUUCGUCGAAUAUAUCGAUAUGCGUUCAGCCGAACAAGCAAUCCAAACGCUCAACGGGAGGAAAAUCUUUGAUGCGGAAGUCAAGCAGAAUAAAGAAGACACGCAGCAUCAUCACCACGUGUUCGUAGGAGAUCUGAGUCCUGAAGUCAACGACGACGUGCUCGCCAAAGCUUUCGGGGCGUUUGGGAGUAUGAGUGAGGCUAGGGUUAUGUGGGAUAUGAAUUCUGGAAAGAGUCGUGGUUACGGUUUCUUAUCAUUCCGAAAGAGAGAAGACGCCGAACAAGCUAUUAAUACGAUGAAUGGAGAAUGGCUAGGUUCUCGCGCUAUUCGGGUCAACUGGGCAAAUCAAAAAACGCAAACGGGUAGUUCGGGCGCAUAUAGUUCACCUUCAUAUACCGCGCCAUCUUACGGUCAUUAUCCCCAACUCACAUCUUCACCAACUCCUGCGGCACCCAUCGCUCCUCUUGCCCCUGUGAUCCCUGGCGUCCCACCCGCAGGAGGUGUACCGGCAGCAAGUGCGACACCUGUGAUCCCUGACAAUUGUACCCUGUUCGUUGGUAAUUUAGGCCCAUACGUCACCCAAGCAGAGUUGACACCUUUGUUCCAGACAUACGGCUAUGUAACCGACAUCCGCAUGCAAGCCGAUCGUGGAUACGCUUUUGUCAAAUUGGACACGUCACAAGCUGCUGUUUCAGCCAUGGCAACUUUGCAGAAUACGAUGGUGCAAGGUCGACCUCUGAAGAUUCAAUGGGGGAGAGAGAAACCUGCUGAGGCUGCUCAAGCUGGCUGGGGUCAAUCACAGUAUCCUCAAGUCGACUACUCACAAUACGGCUACUACGGGGGCUAUGCCUAUGGCCAACAAGGCGCCCAACAGCAAGGUUGGGAUCAAUAUUACGGUCAAGGUGGUCAAGGUUGGGGUGGAUAUUACAAUCAAGACGGAACUCAACCCGCACAGACGCAAUGAGAUUGUUUGAACUCUAGCAUAAUUCUCGUUAAUGCGCAUGUGAUUGUAAUGCAUCGACAUGUGAUCUACACCUUAUGACAUCUUUUGGCUUCUC